AUGGGGAAAAGUCUUUCGAAAGAGCCAACUCAUUUACGUUAUAAAGAGCUGUUUCCGAUAAAUGAUGAAGAGAUAGAACGACAACAUCUGAGGCAUCAUGUCGUGAGAGAAAUUUUUGGGGGAAAUUUCUCUUCACCUGUUCAUGACAUACUUGAAACUGGUUGGGCCAAAGUUCUUGACGUUGAUUGCGGUCCCGGAACCUGGCUUUUUGAAUUAUCGUCUGAUUACCCAGGCUGCACUUACAUUGGCACAAAUCCAUCUUACGUUAUCUCUCUGCUAAACAACGCGGGGAAACCAUUUGAUGUGGAAUUCGUUGAUGCAAAUUUGAUUACAGACGACAUUGGGAGUGCGAACGAGCAGCAAGAAAGUGGAUUGCCUUUUGUGGAUAAUUGUUUUGACUUUGUAUCACUAAGAUAUUCAUCGUAUGACUAUACAUCAUCAGAGUGGGAAAACAUCAUUCUAAAGGAGCUAGUCAGGGUAUUAAAACCUGGUGGAUGGCUCGAGCUGAUGGAUUUUGAGUUAAUGAUGAGUGGGAGUGGACCUAUUCUAUCACAAUUUAUCGAAAAAAAGCUAGGUUUACUGGAGUCAUUCAAUAUAGAACUGGACUUACUUCAAAAACUUCAAAAUUUUCUGGAAACCUCUGGCGACUUUACAAAUGUUCAAUGCGAAUCAAAAAGAUUCCCAAUAGGUAAAUUUGCCGGUAAAUUAGGUGAAUCUGUAAGGACUUUAUAUUAUGAAACGUACAAGUCUAUUAUCCCACAAUUUGCAAAACAUCUUGGAAUAAGAGAAAAAGAAAUCAGCUCAACAAUUGACACAAUGAUGGAUGAGAUUGAUGUUAAUGAGGUUUAUAGUUCGGCAUCUCGAAUUUUUGGGCAAAAACGAUCAGAGAGAACGGACGAUGAGAUAGAUGAAGUGAAUUGA